GAUUCACAGUCAUGUGACCAAAUACGGAAAUAACCAUGCAGUACAUGGUGGUUUGUUUCUUAAUCCACACGCUGUGCCCGGUGAGCGCGCUGUCCGCAGGCGAGACUCGGAUACUGUACGCGCGAGUGUUCGGACCGGAGACCGGAGAUGGUUGUGACUUCACACCGGAGCAGAGACGACUGAUGCAGAAAGAGAAACUUCACGUGGUAGCGAGGCAGGUCAGGAGUGCUGUGGCUCUGAGUAGGGAGGCCUCAGGCGGUUUGUGUGUGGAGGCAGUGCUGGGUGAGGAGGCUGCAGCUCUGGGUGAAGCUGACAGCGGUGUGUUUUCCCUGGGCAAUGCAGAGCUCUUUCCAGAUCGGAGUGUUGUUCUGUGGCUGGGGGUUCAGUCUCUAGCGUUCACUCUGGUCUGCAGACCACACGAGAACCUCCUGCUCGCAGAGGGAACGCUUCGCAACAUUGCACGUCACUGCCUGGAGGAGCUACGUCUGCUGGGACCUGGUGCUGAGGUCUUGCUGAAAAGUGAUCGAGUGGACGCAUUGUUGCACAGACUGCUUCCCCAUGGUCAGCUCCUCUUCCUCAACCACCGUUUUGUCCUCACUCUGGAUAAAGAGAUAGCGAACUACGUGAGCAAAUGAAAUGGUGUGUGUAUUGGUAAAUGUUUGCCACAUAUUUAGAGAGUAAUAUAUAAACUGCCUGAUAAAUCCAGGAUGUUCUGAUUUUGGAGAUUUGGAGGAACUGCUUCUCCUCUGAAGGUGUAAUGCACACUGCCACGGCUCAAAGGAGGUGUUUAAAAAGUAGAAGAUUGCACAAACAAAGUGUAUUGUUAACUAGUUUUUUCCUUUGAGGAAACCAGAAGGCACAUGUUCUAAAACUUUAAUUGCAGUUUGACAUCAGAUUAGAUGAAAAACGACACCAAAAAAAGAAGCACAGCUCGUGAUAUCUCGGUGAGAGAUUCUUUAGAGCUUAUUAAAGUAAAGCUCUUUACACAUUUGAUCUCUCAGGCAGAGUGACUUUGGAGUACCUGAUUAACUGGCCAUAAAUGGUCAUUUGAUAACAUUGUUCAUUGAGUUCUUGUUAAUUAAAGUCUGAAUCUAUAUGAUUGUAACUGUCUGGCUGGGUCAAAAAUAAAACCAUUGCAGUAAAUAUAUAUCUGGCUCUCCUCUAGAGGGCAGUGUUGCAUUUUUAAAAUUGCUAUAUGUUUUGCUUCAGUCAAGUGCAUGGCAAUUUGAAUAAUCCUUUGACACUUUCAUCUAAAAUAAUUCAAUAGUUCACAGCAGUGUGUCUGCCAACAGAUCUGAGAUGGCUGAUUGACAAGGCCGUAUGACGCCUUCAUAUCUAGGCCAAUGGAGCAAUCACGCAAUUCCAGAAAAUCCGUUUUGAGCCCCUCUUUCCACUGAUUUAAUAAUGACGAGUUACCUCUGUCAUCGUGCUGCGGUGGGAAUGAAGGGAGGGUGAGGAUGUUCACUUAUAGUAAUUGUGAGGCCAGUCAUAACUCUCAAGUACUGCGGUUCAAUAUGUUGACCGGUGAGUGUGAGGUUUUUCUGGCUUCCUUGUGUCAGCUGCCUUACAGACUAUGUGAUGGUUGGCAUUCCUCUGGCAUCGAGCAUGACAAGAGCCCUAUUAUGGCCAAAUGCUCUAUAGCUGUGAAGUGUUGUUUAGACAACUUGCAUUGAAAGGACCUAUGGCACAUUAACAUGCCAUCACAAUAGCAUUUGAACUGAAGUAGUCUGCGGUCACAGAUAACUCAAAUCUCUCACAUUUCUGAGGAUGUUAUAAAAAUUUUCAGGUUUUAAAACAUUUGCAGGUGUCAGCUUUCAAGGGGUCUAUAUAUUUGUAUUUUUUAAACCAGUUUUUCUUAAAGUCCACUUAAAAUGAUAAACAGUAGUUUUUCAUAACCAAUUUGAGUUUUUUUUGCUGCUAUGCCUUUAAGAUAUCCGUGUAAACACUGCCGUCAUAUGUGAAAACAGCUUUUUGCUGCACUCACACGAGUUGUAAUUGUGCUGUUGCAAAAUGUGCUGCACAAUAUGUUAAGAUUUGGGACCUUAUUAAAAAUGAACUUUACCACUUUUUCCUUAUGUUAAGAUGCUUUUGAAGCAUUUGCAGAGCAGUAGGUGCUACACGCUGCCAUUAUCAGCAUAAAGUAGGUUUUUAUGAUGUUAGGAACAUCAAUUAAACAUUGAAUUAUGUGGGCAGUCAUUUGUUAAUGAGUUUUGGUUUUCUAACAUCAGGAAUCCAAGGAUUUUGGAACAAGCCUGUCAGGAUUAUGGACCUGUUGUGUUGUGUUUUCCCUCCUCAUGUGCUUCCCCUGACCUAUUUUCUCCCAUGUUUCAUGCCCUUAUUUGGUCCUUCCUGUUCGUAUUGGUUCCCAUUUGAUUCAGCUGUGUUUCCCCAAUUAUCUCAUUUGGUUCUUAGUAUUUAAGCCCCGUGUUUGCCUGUGUUCCCUGUUCGGUAUUGUUAAUGUCUUCUUGGAUGAGAUCGUCUCAUGCUACUUGUGCUCCUGUCUGCCCUAUAUACCCCGUGUUUGCUGGAUUAAAGACUGUGUUUAUGGUGAAUUCUCCUGCGUCUCCGCCUCUAGUUUGCUCCUCGCUCCCUCAGAGUAGCUGAUCGUGACAAAGCCAUUGUUUACAGUUCAGUUUCAGUAGAUUGUCUUUUUGACUUGGGAAGGAAGUUUUGUUUUUAAGUUAUUCUAUAUUUUUAGAGUGUAUAUUCAUUCAAGAAGAUAUUGUGACCACAAAUUAAGCCUUAACUGUAUUAAUUUGUUCUCAUUUUAAAAAGAAGGACCAAUUCAAUGAUAUGUAGCCACAAAUUAAUAUGACUAGUAGUAAUAAUAGCCGAACAGCAGUAAGCAGUAAUAAAUA